GUGUAUUUUACAUGGUUUGAAAGGUUUUCUGAAGACACGGGAACAACUUUUUUAUUGAGGUCAAACUCUUAGGAAAGCUUCUUCUGCAGUGCUUGUUUUUGUCUCAGCUUGCUGAAAAUGGCGGGUGUAAGCAGCUGCAUGAAGUACUCCAUGUUCAUCUUCAACUUCAUAUUUUGGCUGUGUGGUUCCAUUAUUUUGGGUGUGUCAAUAUGGAUACGUGUUAGCAAAGAUGCUCAGCAGGAGCUGGAUAUAAACAGCAACGUGUUUGCAGGGGUGGAUCUGCUGAUAGCUGUGGGCUCCAUCAUUAUGGUCCUUGGGUUUCUGGGGUGCUGUGGUGCCAUAAAGGAGAGUCGGUGCAUGCUGCUGUUGUUUUUUAUUGGACUGCUUCUGAUCCUGAUCCUUCAGGUCACAGGAGGUAUUUUAGGAGCAGUGUACAGUUCUCAGAUCGAAACAUCCCUUAACUCGACGCUUGAGGAGAAUGUGAAUUCAUUGAAAAGUUCUGAAGAAAAAGAUAGAGUGUUUCAAGAGAAGUUCCAGAAGUUUGAGACAAUGAACGAGUGCUGUGGUUUGGUGAAUGGAUAUGCAGACUGGGGAAAAAAUUUCAAUACUCUUCUUAAUGGUAAUAAAAUCUGUGAGUGUGAACUAAAAAACCUAUCAACAGACCUCUGCAUGUCCUACCAAGGCAGAUACAUUUAUACAAGGCCUUGUGGAAAAGUGAUCGUGAAAUACCUUAAAGACCAUCUGCUCAUAAUUAUGGGGAUUGCCUUUGGACUGGCAGUUAUUGAGAUACUUGGUUUGGUGUUUUCUAUGAGCCUCUACUGCCAGAUCCAGAGAAAAUGAAACUGUGGAAGUGUCGGAACGAUGUCACCAGCCAAAUCAAAACCUUUGUAGAUAGAGAGAUAUUUGGCUUGGCACAUUCAGAUAAAUACACGCAUGUCCCAGGCAGCUGUUCUGAUGAAAACGGCAGCCCUUGCGCACAUGGAUGCUCCACAAUUUGCAAAAUGACCUCCUUAUACUUCUUAAGAUUUAAUGAUGUGAAUGUGAAUUUUUAUUUGCAGUAAAUGUCUUUGUUUAUGUU